AUGCCGCUCUGUCUCACCUUCAUCGACUUAAAGAAGGCCUUCGACUCAGUUGAGGCGGAAGCGGUCAUGGAAGCAUUGGACAACCAGGGCGUCCUUACUCAGCACAUAAAGGUACUUCGAGAGUUGUGCAGUAACUUCACGACCGAAAUUUCGCCAUUCUACAAGAAUAUCAUCAUUGACGUGAAGAGGAGGGUCCGACUGGGUGACACAGCCUCACCCAAAAUAUUCGCAGCCACCCUCGAGAACGCAAUGCGAAAGAUGGAAUGGGACGACAUGGGAGUAAAGAUUGAUGGUCGGCAGCUACACCAUUUGCGCUUUGCUGAUGACAUCGUACUGAUAACACCUAGCAUCAGCCAAGCGGAACAAAUGCUGACCAAAAUCGACGAAACAUGUGGAUGCAUCGGUCUUCAGCUGCAUCAAUAA